AUGAGAAGGUCAAGCAAUUAGAUGGUCUAAGCCUAUGGAACGUGUUCUACUUGAAAUUCUUGCCGAUGAAGCUAGUAAAGGAAACAAGCCUUCGAGCAUUUUCAAAUCCUCUUCAAUUGCUCGAGUUGUUGAUAUAAUAAAUGAAAGAUUUGGCGGUGGUUGUGAGCCCAACCCCGUUGAGAACCAUUUGAAGACAGUCAAAAGCAAUUGGAAGACGAUCCAAAGUGUACAUGGCAAGAGUGGAUUCAAUUGGGAUGACAAGUUGAAGAUGGUCAUAGCUGGGAAAAAUGAAUUUGAUCAAUAUGUGACGGUCCAUCCUACUCAUGAAAAAUAUCUUAACAAGAUGAUUGAUAUGUAUGAUGAGAUGGCACUAGUGGUUGGGAGAGAUAUGGCCACCGGAAGCUUUGCUAAGCAGUUCGGAGAUGUUGAUGCAAUGGAAAUUGACUCCUCUUCUAUUGAUUUAGGCGAUGAUUUCGAUGAGUUGAUGCAGGGGCCACCAUUUGUCCUGCAUUUUGAGCUCAAGUGCUUCUAUGUUGCGCCAAGUUGUUGA